AUGUCUCUCUUUCUUAUCUCAACUAGUCGAAAUAUUUCUUCUCUAUAUCGUCAACGUUUUCUAUCGUUUACUCCUCGUCUUCUUUCUUCGAAUCAAUACAACAAUGACAUCAUUCAAGCUAAAAAACAACUAAAAGUUAAUCCAUCAUCAGCUAAACAAUCACCUCGUCUUCGUCGGUAUCAUUAUUAUGUAUUGUCUAUUGCCACUGGAGCAUUAAUCGGUACAAUUUAUGCUUUACGUCAAGUAAGAAAACAUGAAGGAAGUCUACCUGAAUAUGUUGCGAAUCCUGAAUUACUCGAACGUAAAGCUAUGGAAGCUCGUCCUUUACCACCACCGGUAACUAAACAUAUUACAUUUGAUGCUCCACCACGAAAAAAUUUCCCAUUUAAUAUAACACUUUAUCAAUUUGUAACUUGUCCAUUUUGUUGUAAAGUACGUGCUUAUUUAAAUUAUAAUCGUAUACCAUAUGACAUAGUCGAAGUGAAUAGUGUAACGCAAAAAGAAACGAAAUGGUCUUUAUAUAAUAGUGUACCAAUAGUUGUUAUUGAAAAUGAACAGAUACAAUUAAAUGAUUCCAAUAUGAUUAUAUCAGCUAUUGAGUCUUAUUUACGUCAACCAACACAAACAUUUAAAAAUAUCAUGAAAUUAUAUAAAUCAGUUGUUGAAAAAGAUCAAAAAGGAAAUUUAAUUUUUAAUUAUCCAAAUAGAUAUUUUAUUAUUGAACCAUUAAUAAAUGAUCAAUUAGAAGUAAUUAAAGAAGAACAAAAACCAAUAGUUAAUAAUCAAACAGAAUCAUUUUUUACUAGAUUUUUUUCAAGAUUUUUUUCAAGAUCAAUAUCUCAAUCUGAUAUUGAUUCAAAAAAACUUCAAAAUGAACCUAUUUAUAAACCAAAAUCUAAUGAAGAAAAUGAAUAUGAACGUCAAUGGCGUGAAUGGGUUGAUAAUACAUUUAUUCAUGUAAUAUCACCAAAUAUUUAUUGUACAUUAAGACAAUCACUUAAUACAAUGCAUUGGUUUUCAAAAGUUGGUGAAUGGGAAGAAAUAUUUCCAUGGUAUCAACGUUGGAUUUUUAUUUAUGUUGGUGCUAUUACUAUGCGUGGUCUAGCAAUAUAUCUUAAGAAAAAAUAUAAUUUAAAUGAUAAUGUUAGAAUUUCUUUAUAUGCAUGUGGAAAUGAAUGGGUUAAUUCUAUUGGUGAGAAAGAUUUUCAUGGUGGAUCCGAACCAAAUCUAGCUGAUUUAAAUGUUUAUGGUAUUCUAACGACUAUUCAAGGAAGUGAAGCAUUUCAAGAUCUAAUGGAUAAUACAAAAAUUCAACCAUGGUUUAAACGUAUGAAAAAUUUAGUUGAACUUCAUCGUAUUGAUACUUCAAUAAUGACGAUCAUUGAAUGUACUGGUUGUACUUUGAUUGCAUAUGGAAUACCUUUCUCAAUGUUUGUAUUUACAAUUGCACAUCAUCCAUUUCGUGUUAUUAUUGCAAUGACAAGUGCAUUUUUUUGGUUAUUAUCAUUAUUAUUAUCUUCAUUACUUUGGUUUGCAGUUGUUCCAUUACGAAAUCAACUUGGAUUUGCAGUACCAUUUGCUGUUUUAUUUCAAGAAAUAUUUCGAUAUUUAUUUUAUCGUGUUAUUAAAAAAGCUGAAUUUGCUCUACAAAAAGUUCAAAUGCAAGAAUUAACAGAAAAAGGAAUGGUUUUUGAUAGAUUUGCUGUUGCAUAUGCUGCUGGUUAUGGUUUUGGUUUCAUAAGUGGAACAUUUGCUAUUGUUAAUGUAUUGAGUGAUAUGACCGGUCCAGGUACUAUUGGAAUAUUUGGACAUUCACAAGAUUUUUUUAUUGCAACAGCUUUUCUGACAUUAGCUAUUAUUCUUUUAAAUACAUUUUGGGGUGUCGUUCUUUUUACAUCAUUAGAUCAAGGUGGUAUUCAUCAAUAUCUUGGUCCAAUAGUUGUUGUUUUAACACAUAUGCUUUUUUCUUGUCUUACUUUAUUUAAUCGAACAACAAGACCAAUUUAUUCAAUUUCAAUUAUAACUGGUUAUGUUAUUUUAUGUGGAAUAAUUGUAUAUGCAUUAUUUUUACGUGGAUUUAAUAUUCGUCAAAGAUUAAAUCGACAAUAG